CGUGAACGCAUAGAUAUGGCAAGCAUAUCAGAUGAAAGAGGAGACACGGGGCUAUCCAUUGGUACCAAGUAUGUCAAACACAAAGGGAACAGGCACAGUUGGGUAACUAAUUCUAGUGUCGUUUUCUUACAGGGAUAAACAGUGACAGGUUACCGGGGGACCUUUUACGCUAACCUUCAAAAUGUAGCAAGUAGGUUACGUGCAAAUCUUUUCAUCACAGUAAUUGACAAGGCUUGGCUGCGUGCACAGGACAGAAAAUGUAGAUUGUGAUCAUUAUUAUACCUCCUUUAUUCCUUGAAUGGAAAAUCAGGUUAUGCUGGUUGUGUCUGUGUCUGUCAAUAUAUGGCGCAGUUUAUUUUAGCAGAUUAUUCAUUUAGAACUUGUAGCCUAGACUAAAUCACUCUGUGUGUAAAAAGACGCUACUUGCAGUCCAAUCAGUUUGAAUGAAACCACCCGAAAUCACUACACAGCACCUAACCACGCACCUAACAUAAUGACAAUGUUUGUUACUUUUUAAAAAUUAUUAUUAGACUAUCUUAUAUCGUAAUAUCCCAUUCGGGAACCCAGCCCGAAACCAGCUUCUUUUUUUUCCGCACCCCCACUUUCAAACCGUUCCAGCGCCGCUGAUGCAACAUAAAAAGGAGGUCUGACACUCAUUUAGGUUUCCAAAAAAAAAAAGAUUUCAGUUUCCAAAGUUUGAACAACAAUUGUGUGUGAACUACACAAAAGACACAAUGAGCGUGUCUCAUUUCAGGGGCUGGAUGCUUCGGAGCAUUCGUGCUACCAAGCACUGGUCUUCUGUGACCGCAGAGACCGGACUUAGCUGGACCAACGUUUUUUCUAAAUGAGACGGUCUAGCCCACAGUGGAAUUCCCAAAUGGGCAGAGACUCAGGGAUUUGCAGGGCUGGCUCGACACAGAGUUUUCAGCAAGCUGCUGGAGCAAUCGAUGGCUGCCAUGUACGUAUCAAGGCACCAAGCGGCCCUGAUGGUCAGUGCUACAGGAAUAGGAAACUGUUCCCAUCCAUCAUCCUGCAGGCCGUCUGUGACCAUCAGGGCCGCUUCAUUGACACCUAUGUGGGCUGGCCGGGGUCGGUCCACGACUCAUGAGUGCUCCGGUACAGCCCACUGUGUAGGCAGUCAGUGUAUCAUCCUCCAGGGCACUUCAUUUUGGCUGACGGUGGGUACCCGUGCCUCCAACACCCACUCCCCUUUAUCACUCCCUACAAAAGGCCGGUAGAAGGUGUGGGAGCUCAGCGUUUUAACAGGCAUCAUUCCCAGGCACGCUCCAUUGUAGAGCGUGCCUUCGGAGUAAUGAAGAACAAGUUUAGGACCAUCUUUCAACAAACGCUGAUGGUGCACCACACGCACGUAAGUUCUCAAUCUUUUUUUUUUUUUUGAACAAAAGUAGAAAAGUCAAACAAGCUGAUUUCAAAUUACACUUUUUAACAUUAACUUUGUACCAUUUCAGGUCAUAACAGCAUAACAGCAUGUGCCAUCCUCCACAACAUCUGCCUUGUGAGGUCGUGCCCCAGGAGGAUGUGCCUGUGGAGGAUGUGGCCGAGGAUGAGGGGGAGAAUGGUGUGGAGGCUGUCAGUGGUGGACGCUGGCGGGACCAACUGUCAGCUGAAGUGAAUGCCCUGGAGGAGGAACCUGGCCACGCUAGAGGUCAUAGAAGAGUUCCAGUGCCAGUGAUCCAUUAAGAAGAAGAAGAAGAAGAAGAGUUCCAGUGCCAGUGAUCCAUUAAGAAGAAGAAGAAGAAGAAGAAGAGUUCCAGUGCCAGUGAUCCAUUAAGAAGAAGAUGACGCAGACCAGAGAGGCCACCUUCUGCCCCCUGUGUCAGAAGCCCUAAAUCAGCACUUGGAAUGGGGGCACAAGAUAAAAAAUAAAACUGAGAGGGAUAUCCUCAAUAAGAUGGGGAACGGAAGAAUUAAAAUAAGGACAGAGCCCUGCACUGUUCCAGGGCUUGAUAAGCACCUCGAUAACGGCCACAAGGAGCUGAGCACUCAAGAGAGGGCGGCUUAUAUUAAGGAGGCGAAGCUGGGCAAGGCCAGCCUUGCUGAACUGAGGGCCUCAAACCCGCAGAUCCCAAUGGUGUCCACACUGGACAUAGACGUCACCGAGGGAGAUGAUGUGGGGGUCCGUCCGGACGAAGAGGAUGAACAAGAAGAAGAUACAUGCCCCCAAUGCUCCGAGACCAAGAGGGAAUUGAAGACCCUGACGCUGGAAGUGAAGACCCUGAAGGCGCAAAACAACACCCUCACCCGGGAGCUAGCCACAUCAAGGAGGAAAAAUAGACUCCUAAUCAGAAGGCUGGGGAAGUUUAAGGGAGAACAGCCAAUGCAGAGUACCUCCUCCGACGCGGACGAAUCCGAUGAGGCUAUGGAGCCUAUGCCUGAAGAAGGAGAGCCUUCCUCUCUGAGCCUGGGCCUGAGCCUCAGCCCUCCAAGCUGAAGUCCUCCGAGUCCUCCAAGCAAGCCAAAGUCCUCCGAGUCCUCCAAGCCAAAGUGCUCCGAGUCCUCCAAGCCGAAGUCCUCCGGGUCAAGGCCGUCCACCUCCGGCUCUGCAGAGGAGCCGCAAGACUACAAGGCGGUGUUGGAGGGUAAGGGCCGUGCCUCGGCCCUCAGAAAAAUAAAGCUCCCCGAUUCCAUGGAAGACUACCUGAAAGAGUAUCAAGGGUAUCAAGCGGGGGCGGCCAGCACAGGCAGGUCCCAGGAGACUGCCUUGUCCAAGGUGUCUCGGGUGCAGUCUUUUCUGUAUUUUAUGACCCACAAAAAAUCGGAGCUCUGGACAUGGCUCUUUCUAGACAACCCUGCAGCCAUCUGCCGGUGGGUGGAAAAACUACAAACAGGAAACAGUCAGCCAGUUUAUUAUGAAGGUAUAUUGGGUGCAAA